AUGGAGGAAGCCAAAGAGUCUCUCACUUCCAUCAACGGCGAUUUCGGCUUUGGCGGAGCCACCGAUCGCCGAUUCGCCUUUUCCCGCCAAUCCUCUUUCCAACAACCUCACACGCCGAUAGACAUUCCUGCACACGGCCUCCACCACCACCUCUACUGGUCCGCGCGUGACGAUAAACCCUCAGCCUCGCUCCGCAGAUCAUCACUCUCCUCCUUCGUUUUCUCCGUCUUCCGCAACGUUAGGUCUGGCAACAGGUAUAUGAAGAGGCUCUUCCUGAUGAUAUCGUUCAAUGUCGCGUACUCCACCGCCGAAUUGCUCAUUGGCAUCUUCACCGGCCGCGUAGGUUUGGUGUCUGAUGCGGUUCACUUGACUUUUGGAUGUGGUCUUCUUACAUUUUCGUUAUUUGUUAUGGCUGCGUCUAGGAAGAAAGCAGAUCGAGAGUAUACUUAUGGUUAUGCCAUUUAUCAAAUUGUAGAAUUUGUAAGGUAUAAAAGGCUAGAAGUCUUGUCUGCAUUUACAAAUGCCAAUGAUGGUCUGAUUCCUUUGAGGUUUUUGACAAGACAGCUGUUUCUUUUGUUUAUGGCAUUCUCCCUAGCAGUUGAGGCACUUCAUGCAUUCAUACAAGAUGAAUCAGAGCACAAGAGGGUUAAAGAGUUUAUUGAUGGCUUUGAUGGGGCUGUAAACAGUUCUGUCUGGCAUUACUUGAUUGUUUCUGCAGUGACCAAUUUAUUUGUGAAUCUCGUUGGUGUAUGGUUCUUCAGACACUAUGCUCGGAUUAAUCUUGCUUACAGAAAUGCAGAAGAUAUGAAUCACCACUCUGUUUUCCUGCAUGUUCUUGCAGAUUCCAUCCGCAGGUCUGAUAUUGGCAUCCUGGUUAUUGUCAAUCAGAAUGCAGAAGUCUUGUGUUUAGGACUUGUUUCUGUUGCAGUUUUUAUGCUUGUUCUGCCUCUCUUUAGGGCAACUAGUGGUAUAUUGCUCCAAAUGGCACCUCCUAGCAUCCCAACUACUGCUUUGAGCAAAUGCUUGAGACAGAUUUCUGCUCGGGAAGAUGUAAUGGAAGUCUCCCAGGCUCGUUUUUGGGAAUUAGUGCCUGGUCAUGUGGUUGGUUCACUUAUAGUACAGGUAAAACAAGGGACAAACGAUCGGCCAAUACUAGAAUUUGUGCAUGGUCUAUACCAUGAUUUGGGUGUACAGGACCUCACGGUGCAGACCGAUGAUGCAUGA